AUGGCCUGUCCUUAUACUCAUUUGUUUGUUGUUUGUACCAACACUGUAUAUGUGAUCCUUUUCCUAGUUCUGGUCGCUGUAGCUUUUACCGUACAUUUCCUAAAGAUCCCAAAUGCCCUCGCCCUUUAUAAGGGUUCAGUUAUUACUGACAUCAAUGACGUCAUACUAGCCACAGGUCUUGGGGACGCAGAUUACUAUGGUGAUCGUGACCUGGUGUUGUUUUUGUCCAGUUUCCUGUUGGUGAUCUUCAUUGCUGGACUGGUGCUCUUAGUUGUAGCAUUUACCGGCUGUUAUGCCGGAUGCUGCAAAUAUUCGGCUAUCUCCAAACUGUACGCAGUGGUCCUUAUCCUAAUGUUGGUUGUGGAGUUUAUGCUGGUGAUUGCCGUAUAUGGGUUCCCCAACAGUUUGGUGAUGGGUUCCAUCAAAUCAACGAUGACAUCAUUUCUCACGUCAAGAUACGAGGGACUUGUCGGAAACAGUACAGAAACAUUUGGCUGGAACUUCAUUAUGUCCAAGUAUCAAUGUUGUGGUGUUUAUGGAUACAAUGAUUUCAAGGGGACAAAUCAUUGGAAGUCUAAUGUUGUCGCCAAGGGAAAUCUAUAUACAUUGAAAAUCCCAAUUGUGUGUUGUGAUCAACUUCCUACUUCCGGGAAUUUGACAUGCGCAGAAGCUACCACCGGAAUCAAUGCAAAUAAGGGAUGCUUUGAAGAGUUAUGGAACGUGUCUUUGGGAAGCCCCCCAGUUGCUAUUCUGGCCCUAGGAGUGGGGUUGAUUUUACAACUUUCACUAAUUUUUGCUGCGUUUAAUUUAUCGGACAAAGACAAGAAGGGAAGAGUUGAACCACACCUUGACAAGUGGAACAAGUAGUGACAUAUUGACUGAAUGUCAUUGAUUGAUCCAUACAGCAUGAAAAAAAAAGGAAUUGUAUUAGUUUUGUUAUUGUUAAAGUUUUGAUGAAUAUUGAAAUUGUUUGUUGUAAGUUAUUAUAGUUUAUAAAUUAUACUUUGUUUUUAUCAAAACACAGGACGAGUGUUUUGAUGACUUGGUUGUUACAUAUGAGAAAAUAAACUUGCGUAUUCUAA